AUGGCAGCCAUUUCUUCCGAUUCUACUCCCAAAAAAGGCAAUAAUACUAAUGCUGCAAAAGAUGCCAUUGGUGAUACUAAUAUGGAAUAUGAUGAAGUAAUCAACGAAUCUGAAGAAAAUAACGAUAAUGAUGAUGAAAUAGAUAUAGAUAUGGGUGCUGAUGAUUCUUCUAUAAAUAAUACACCCCUUUCCUUAUCGCCAGUUAGUUCUAAUUCAAUUGUUGCCACUGGUAUCGAUGUCAGUAAUGGUAUUACCAAUGGUAAAACACCUUUGAAAAAACAAAUAUUACAUAGACAAACCACUAGUACCACUGGUAACGGUAAAGAUACUAGUAAUCGCAACGCUACCUCUAAUAGUAGUAACAAACUCACAAAUGAUAAAAUUGAAAAUGCCAAUAAUAAUAAUAAUAAUAAUAAUAAUAAUAAUAAUAAUAAAAGAUCUAACAACUCUACUAACAAUAAUUCGAAAAAGGUUCCCACACAUUUGCUAGAAAAAAGAAGGUUAGGACGUAUUAAAGCUGCUGAGGAGUUUUCCAAAAAAAUCAAGAAAAUCGGCAUUGAAAAAAUAGACAAUGAAAGCGUGGCUUCUUAUGGCUUUAUUAAAACUGUCAGUUUAAUCAACCAAAAAAAUUAUUCGAGCAACUAUAUUAGAAACGAUGAUCAAAUAUUUGCAUUGAGGGAAAGAAAAGCCUUAAGAAAUACUAGUACUAACUCCAAUACCACCAAUGGAGACAAUAAUAAUACUGACAACUUGCCUGCUAUUGUUAUUAAUCCUGGUUCCAGAUUUUUGAAAAUCGGGUUCUCUAAUGAUGAAACCCCUCAUAUUGUAGAAAACUGCAUAGCUUCUUUAAAAAACAGCUGUAGUUCUUAUAACACCUUAGAUUUUGAUAUAAGAGGCGAUCCUGAAUAUAAGAUAUUACAGAAGGAAAUUAGACAAAAUUUCUUGGAGAGGAUGAGAUAUUAUAAAAGAAAAGUUCCUAAUGAUGCUAAAAAUCAGGUUUUAUCGUUUAACAAAAGCGUUGAAGUAGCAGAGAUAUCUCCUGAAAAUGAUAUUCAUAGACCAAAGUGGAUUAACACUGAUAGUAGCGCAAUAUUUUUUGGUGAUGAAGCCAAGUUGUGCGAUCCUAAGAAAUAUGACAUUAGGUAUCCCUUUAAUGAUAAUACAAAAAGUCUAAGUACCAGUUUUAAUUUAUCCGACCCCUACUACAAACAUUCUUUCCAGCUGUUACUAGGUGAUAUUUAUCUAUUAUUUAAAUAUUGCUUUACCAACUUGUUAAAGUUGGGUAAUCAGUCUAACUGGAGCAAUAAAUAUAAAUGUAUCUUGAUUGUUCCUGAUCUAUAUGACAAAAUAUAUGUGGAAACUUUAAUUUCCCUAUUACUAAAUGAACUACGGUUAAAGUCCGUGGCCAUUAUUCAAGAAAGCGUAGCCACAACCUAUGGUUGCGGUAUUAGUCAAAGUUCGUGUAUUGUUGAUAUCGGUGCUACAAAGACCAAGAUUAGUUGCUUAUUAGAUGGCGCGAUUGUUCCUCAAAGCGAAAUUGUUUUAAACUAUGGUGAUGAUGAUAUUACUAAAAUCUUUGGAAAUUUUUUAAAAGAAAUGAAAUUUCCCAUUGAGUUGGAAUUAAAUGCUAUUUCUAGAAAUAGUAACUUGUUGAUUGAGACUUUAAAAAAAGAGUAUUGUACUUUUGAAGAUGCAAAUGUUACUGUGCAAUUAUUUAAUAAUGCAGUUAAAUUCACCGAGGAUGAUAAAAACAAUGGCGCUGAUGGAACAGGGAAAAGUUUGAAGGCCGAUUUCAAGAUAUUUGAUGAAGUUAUUACUGCGCCAAUGUGUUAUUUUUACCCUGGAUUAAUUAGGCUUUUGCAUGAAAAAAAUGAUGAAUCGGGUCCGGCUUUGAAAGAUAUUUAUACUACAAGCAAAGAUGUUUAUACAAAUCUUCCAAACAAUCCAACUUCCACCUCUCAGCUUAACUGUUGCGGUAAUGGCAGUGGAUUGUAUUGCGAUAUGGAUACGGACUAUGAUAUUGUUGAGAAGGCCUUAAAUAUGUUAAUUGGUACUGAUCCAACAUUUAAGAAUACAGUAACUUCAACAUUUGGUAAUAACAAUAAUGCGAUUAGUGGCAAUGGCGGUGGAGAUACUGAAGAAGAGAACGAAAAUGUUGUUGGUCAAAAUAAUAACAGUGAAAACAAUUUGAUCACUGCCAAAAAUUGUAACACACGGGGGAAUUAUACUCCUUUGGAAAAGGCAAUUGUGGAAAGUAUUUUAAACGCAUGCAUUGAAUCUAAUCAAUUUUCCAAAUUAAAAAUUUAUUACAAUAAUAUUUUAAUUGUCGGUGGCGGAUCCUUGUUUCCUAGUUUGAAUUCCAUAUUAACGGAUAGAAUUAAUAUUUAUAGGCCAAGAAUCUUGGCUUCAAAUUUAUUUCCCAAUAUGUUGAAAAAACUACAUUCACGAUUGAAAAACAUUCAAAAUGAAUUGACCAUGGGGAACACUACUGGGGAUUCCAGCACCAAUGCUACCAGCAUAGUUCGUAAUAAUACAGAAACAUCAUCGGAUGGUAAUAACCAUAGUAUGACAAACAGUAAUAAUGACAACCCUGCUAACAACAAUGAAAAUAAAGGGGAUGAAUUGAUUAGAAACAUGAUUAACGAUAUAUUGGAAGCGUGGUAUAAAAAAUUAUCAAACGAUCAGACUAUAGCAGGUAGCAAUAAUAGUGGUAACGCAAAUAGUAAUAGUACUGACCAAGAAGAAGAAAUUGUGUUAGGUGUCAAUGUCAUACCUUCGCCAACAGAUCCAAUCAUUGCCGCUUGGAAAGGUGGGACUGUUUUAGCUAAUAUUAAACUAGUUGAAGAAUUGUACAUUACUCAAAAAGAUUGGGAUGCCCUUGGAAGUAGGGUUUUACAAUAUAAAUGUAUUUUUGAAUAUUAG